UUAGGGUUACUCUGCCGCCAGAAACAUUCAAUGUGUGACAAUCGAAUGCAUAAAGUCAACUAACAUUUUCAUCGGGCGGCUAUUAUUUGGCAACAGUUUGAGAGCAUCGGACACGAAUUUAAAUCAAUUCAUAAAAUAGCAUCAAUUUUUUUUGUUCAUUGACUAAGGACAUUUCUAGAAUUUCAAACAACAUUUUUUUGUCUAAGUUUUGGAAAUUGUUUGCAUUGCACAAAUAAUUUAUUUUAAAUACAAUUUUUGUUUGUUCGACGCAACGGUGUUGAAGUUGUUGUGAAUUUUUAAAGCGAAUUUUUCUGCAUUAGUUUCAAAGUCAAUUUCUUUGUGUGAAGGAAAAAAAAAGCGAAAUCACCAUCAACCAUGAUUCGCUCAGAUGAACGAUUUGUUUUAGGAAGCAAAGAAAAUUUGACAGAAAAUAUGGAAGCAUUUAGCUUAAAGAGUCCACGCAAAGCGAUUUCUGGUCCAACCGUUGAUGGUGCAUCACCAAAUAAAAUGCGUAAAUUUAAUAUGGAGGAAGAGAGCAAAGACAACGAAAUUGCCAAGAAAAAUGAAUUUUCCGCUCACAAAUCCGAACCGACAAUGAAAUUCGAUCCACAACUUGAACCAUUACUUCGUGAAAAUCCAAAACGUUUCGUCGUUUUCCCGAUUCAAUACAAAGACAUUUGGGACAUGUACAAAAAGGCUGAAGCAUCAUUUUGGACGGUCGAAGAAGUUGAUUUGACAAAGGAUAUGGAACAUUGGAACGUUAAAUUGAACGAAAACGAACGUAAUUUCAUAAAACAUGUGUUGGCAUUCUUUGCCGCAUCCGAUGGCAUUGUCAAUGAAAAUUUGGUCGAACGUUUCAGUCAAGAGGUACAAGUGACUGAAGCCCGUUUCUUUUAUGGUUUUCAAAUGGCAAUCGAAAAUGUUCACUCUGAAAUGUACAGUUUGUUGAUUCAACAAUACAGCCGCGAUGACGACGAGCGUAACUUUUUAUUCAAUGCCAUUGAAACGUUGCCAUGUGUUAAGCAGAAGGCCGAUUGGGCACUCCAAUGGAUUGGUAGCAAAACGGCCACAUUUGGUGAACGUGUCGUUGCAUUUGCCGCUGUUGAAGGUAUUUUCUUUAGCGGUAGCUUUGCAUCGAUCUUCUGGUUGAAGAAACGUGGCCUUAUGCCCGGUUUGACAUUCUCCAACGAAUUGAUUUCACGUGACGAAGGUAUGCAUUGUGAUUUUGCAUGUUUGAUGUUUAAGCACGUCGUUCAGAAACCAUCACCGGAACGUGUUCGUGAAAUUAUUGUUGAAGCGGUGAAAAUCGAACAGGAAUUCUUGUCGGUUGCAUUGCCCGUUUCAAUGUUGGGUAUGAACUGUGCCGAUAUGUGCACAUACAUUGAAUUUGUUGCCGAUCGUUUGCUGGGCGAACUCAAUUGUGAUCCAGUUUACAAGGUAAAAAAUCCAUUCAAAUUCAUGGAUUUCAUUUCGCUGCAAGGCAAGACGAACUUCUUCGAAAAACGUGUCGGCGAAUAUGCCAAAAGCCACAAGACAACCGAAAAGAAGUCGGAAGAUGCCGGCUCAUUCUCAUUGGACGCCGAUUUUUAAAUCGAAUGCAAAACAAACAUUUUUUUUUUCACAUUUCAUAUAACUAUUUUGAAAAAUAUAUUUUUUUUUUUCGUCUUUUAAGUCUAAGCCAAAACAAUCAUUUCUUUAUAGCUUUAAAUUAGUUUGUAGAUUUUUUUUUUCUGCAUGAGAUUGUUUCUUUGACAGUCUCUGCGACUGAAUAGAAUAACAGCAACCGACUUCAUAUAGAUUUAUAGGUUCAUCUUUCGCAUAUAUUGACACUUUUUUUGUCUAUUUCUCACACUUUCAAUAUAUUCUUAAUUUUGUCCACAACAUUGACUUUGAUAAAUUAAAAUAAAAUCAUACAAUGUAACCAAUUCAUCAAAACUUUGACCAAAUGACAUAAUGAAACCAACUGAUGCAAUGACUUAUUAAACAGAAAAUAAAACUGUUUACAUUAAUAUAUUUAAAAGUAAAACAAUAAU